UUAUUUAACAUCUGCGCGUGCAAAUAAACCCAAAGAAACCUUGCAAAAACCUCGUUGUUUGAAGCUUGUGCAAAUUGUCACUGUGUUGUCAGAGAAAUCUUGGUUCGUUAGAUCAAAUAUUUGAUCUUUGCACAUUUUCCAUGAGCUCCAAAGCUCCCCAAACUGAUUCAAUUGAUGCAUUGAGCUUUAAAAUGGCUUCUCAUAAGGAUCAUGAUAAUAAGUUCUACAUGUCUAUCAGUCAAGGAGAGGAUAACCACCCAUUUGACUAUUUUCGUGCUCUGUAUGAGGGUUGCAUUGCUGGAGGUGUUGCUGGUGUUGCUGUAGAAGCAGCUUUAUACCCCAUUGAUACCAUCAAAACUCGACUGCAGGUUGCUCGUGCUGGAGUAAAUAUUGCUUUCAAGGGUUUGUAUUCUGGAUUGGCUGCAAAUCUUGCUGGUGUGUUACCAGCUUCUGCGAUUUUUAUUGGUGUGUACGAACCAACAAAGCAUAAAUUGCUGAAGAUCUUCCCUGAGAAUCUAAGCGCUUUGGCUCAUAUUGCUGCAGGUACUAUUGGAGGAGCCGCUUCUUCUCUUGUUCGUGUUCCAACUGAGGUUGUUAAGCAAAGGAUACAAAUUGGUCAAUUCAAAUCAGCCCCUGAUGCUGUCCGUCUUAUCAUUGCUAAUGAGGGUUUUAAAGGUCUUUAUGCGGGAUAUAGAUCUUUCUUAUUGAGAGAUUUACCAUUUGAUGCUUUAGAAUUAUGCAUCUAUGAACAGCUCCGUAUCGGGUAUAAACUAGCGGCAAAAAGAGAUCUGAAUGAUCCAGAGAAUGCUAUGCUUGGGGCAUUUGCUGGUGCCAUAACUGGAGCAGUUACGACUCCUCUUGAUGUAGUAAAAACCAGAUUAAUGGUUCAGGGAACACAAAAACAUUACAAAGGCAUUUAUGAUUGUGUGAGGACAAUAGUUAAAGAAGAAGGAGCUAAUGCUCUUUUUAAGGGUAUUGGGCCAAGAGUGGUGUGGAUAGGAAUAGGUGGUUCAAUAUUUUUUGGUGUUCUUGAGAAGACAAAGAAAAUUCUUGCUCAGAAGCACCCUCCAAAUGAUGCUCAGGAGUGAGCUUUUUCAAGGCAAGAUUAAGCUGAUGAUGUUGCAAUGCAUCUUAAUCUUUUUAUGAUUGCAUGAAGCCACUUUGUUCAGCUUCUCUCUCCUUCAUCCCUAAAUGAAAACUGCCGUUUACACUAAAUGAUUUGCCAUCACACACAUGGAAAUGACCAAAAUACCGCAACGGUAGUUAACUACUAUUCGCUCCAUGAGAGAAAAUUAAGCAGCGAACAUUAGUUAACUACAGGUGGGGUAUUGAAUGUCAUUUCCAUGUGUUUUUAGCAACCUUUGAAGUGGGAAAAGCAAUCAUCUCUCUAAAUUGUUGCAUUGGGCCUGCAAGGAUUCAGUUUAGCCUAUUGAUGCCUCAAUUGAAAGUUGGGCUGCAAUCAUAAAGCCUGAAUGAAAUUUGGGCCGGCUGGAGCUUUCUCUGAAAGACUGAUAAUGAUAAAGCACAUGCUGUCACAAAUGUAAAUUUAUUUAUUUUUCUCUAAUCCUUUCUAGAAAAUGAUUUAUUUCCCAUUCAAACACCAAAUGGGGGCAAGAGAACAUGGAUUGGAAGAAGAAAAUGGAAACUCAGAACUUAGGUUCGUUUACUUUCCAUCUAUCAUGUUUUAUUUUCACUUCAGCUAAUAAACAUAAGAGAAUAUUGAUCUAAUAUUCUUCUCAAUGACAACUCAUGAGUUUGUUGAUGAUUAUGUGACCCACUUGGGUUGGCCUGGUGGUAUUGACCUGGGACCUGGGAGUGUGCUCCUCCACGAGGUCUCAGAUUUGAUUCUCUCUAGUGCCAAUUUAGGUAGGCUAAUUUAGCUUCUUCCAAAAAAUAAAAAAAGACUAUUUCCUGUGGUA